AUGGAGUCCAAAGAAGAAAGCUUGGUUAUUGCUGACAAGUGGGGAAAAAAGUUUGAUGUUCUACGUCUGUUGGUUUUUAAUGGAGAUAUUCUGGGUCACUCACCUUCAAUUUGUGAUGACAUGGUUCUCUUCCUUGAAGAGGACAGUGAUACCAUUUAUGAGGAAGUACAUGAGUAUGUGAUUGGUUCUGCUGGUAAGCUGAGCUACUCUAGCAAUGCAAAAUAUAUCUUGCUUGCUGCCCUUCAUUUGAAGAAUGGGAAUGUGCUGCUCGCCAGUAAGGUUAUUUCUGAGAUGAUGGACAGGGGUCUUAAACCUAAUUUUUCAGCAUACAAAAAAAUUAAGGCUCAUCUUGAGAAGAAAGAUGAAAAAUAA